UUCCUUCACAUCAUUUCUGUAUUCAAAAACUCUAUAAUUUUUUUCAUAACCCUACUGAGUGUUAAUUAACAUGGCUCCAAUGAACUGCCCAGCUCCUGUGGAAGUCACCUACAGGAACAUGAGAUUUCUUAUCACGCACAACCCAACCAGUGCAACAUUAAACAGAUUUGUAGAGGAACUUAAGAAACAUGGCGUUACCACAAUGGUAAGAGUAUGUGAAGCGACUUAUGAUACUGCUCUUGUGGAGAAAGAAGGCAUCCAGGUUCUAGACUGGCCUUUUGAUGAUGGUUCAUCACCAUCUAACCAGAUUGUGGAUGACUGGCUAAGUCUCGUAAACAUUCAGUUUCGUGAAGAACCCGGUUGUUGCAUUGCCGUUCACUGUGCUGCAGGUCUGGGGAGAACUCCAGUGCUUGUUGCCCUCGCAUUAAUUGAAAGUGGAAUGAAAAAUGAAGAUGCAGUACAGUUUAUAAGGCAAAGGAGGCGCGGAGCUUUUAACAGCAAGCAACUUUCGUAUUUGGAGAAAUACCACUCUAAAAUGCGACUAUGCUUCAAAGACCGCAGAGGUCAUAGAAAUAACUGCUGCAUUCAAUAA